CUAUCUCUCAAAUUUCGGAAUUCUUCUAUGGAAACAAUUCAUCAUAAAUAUAUGCGAGAAGCUUUAAAUCAUGCACAGGAAGCAUAUGACAAUCAAGAAAUACCUGUGGGAUGCUUGUUUGUACUUGAUGAUAAAAUAAUCGGGAGUGGCCGUAAUAGAACUAAUGAGACUUUUAAUGGGACGAGACACGCUGAAUUUGAAGCAAUAGAUCAAAUUCUUUCAUCUGGUGAAUAUACGAGUGAAGUAUUUCAAAGAUGUAUAUUAUAUGUUACAGUUGAACCUUGUGUUAUGUGCUCAUAUGCAUUAAGACAAUUAAGAAUCAAGCAUGUUUAUUAUGGAUGUGCAAACGAAAGAUUUGGAGGGACAGGAUCUGUUUUUGAUAUUCAUCAAGAUCCACAAUUGACAUUACAUCCUGCCUAUCCAUGUGAAGGAGGAUAUUAUAGAGAUGAAUCUAUUAUGUUAUUAAGAAAAUUUUAUGUCCGAGAAAAUGAAAAAGCCCCUGUGCCUAAAAGAAAACAUAAACGAGUUUUAAAAACAGAAAUUACACCAAUGAAAAAAUAAUUAUAGCUCGAUAAUAAUAAUAAUAAUUUCUUAUUUUCAGUUACCAGAUCACACAAGAAUUAUUUUUGUGAUACAAAGUUCCAUGAAUACUUAUUUCAAUUAUUCAUGCAUCUUCUGUUUAUUACAAUUAAUAAAAUUAGUUAACUAAAUGCCCCCUUUGUAUUGAUAAUACAUAAUUCGUAUAGGAGAUGUUUUGUCAAAAAAAGUCUCGCCUUAAUGAUUACAAAAAAAAAGAAUGAGAAUGAAAGUUCCAUACACCAUACUAGAUAAGUAAUUUGUACACUUGGAUUGCUGAAAUAUUAUAUGCUCGAAAUAAAUCCCC